UAGUAAGAAAAAAAAAAAACCUUUGUGAAACUUUCCCCGACAGAGGGAAGGAGAGGCAAAGCGAGCAGAGAAAAGAGGCAGUCAGGAUCCGAUUCAGAGAGACAAGAGAGGACGAGAAGGCAAACCAGACAGUGAGGAGCAGGGGUAAAGCAGGAGGGACUGUUCUUGUGCAGGAUAGUCAUGGCUUUGCAGUGCCGGACAACUUUUCCCUUGCUUGGGUUCCACAUGAAGAAGCAGACUGGUCUGUAGCAGCAGCAUCAUUACUCCUAUCCGUCACCAUGCCGUCCGUGUCCCUCAGCCUGCCGACUGCUCUGGCUGGACCUGCACGCACCUGGGUCUGCCUGUCCUGCAUGUUCUGGCCAGAGGAGUUGGAGGCUGUCCAUUCCCAUACGUUCCGAGUAAAGGCCUUCAAGAAGACCAAGCACUGUGGCGCUUGCAAACAGACCAUCAUCGAGGACGGACUCAUCUGCCGAGUGUGCCGGAUAGUUUGCCACAAGAAAUGUGAAGCCAAGGUGUCUUCGUCUUGUGUUCCAGCCACAAACUACGAGCUGGCAUCAAGCAGUGACCUCCCUGUCAAACAUGUAGACACCAUGGGUUCGACAAAAUCCUCAAAGAGCGUGGACUCACGGCGCAGACCAUCAAGGAGUGUGAGUCUGCUGCAGGCCUUGGAGGAGAACUACGAGCUGGACUUGAUCUAUAUCACGGAGAGGAUCAUCUCCGUCUCCUUCCCCAGCGGUGUGGAGGAACAGAGCUACGCCGCCAACCUGAGGGAGGUCGCCUCCAUGCUGCGCUCCAAACACGCCCACAACUACCUGCUCUUCAACCUCAGUGAGAAGCGUUAUGAUAUCAGCCAACUUAAUCCAAAGGUCUUGGACUUUGGUUGGCCUGACCAUCAUGCUCCUGCCCUGGACAGAAUCUGCAGCAUCUGCAAAGCCAUGGACACGUGGCUGAGUGCGGACAGCCACAAUGUGGUGGUGAUACACAACAAGGGCAACCGGGGCAGAACUGGAGUGGUGGUGGCAGCCUACAUGCAUUACAGCAACAUAUCUGCCAGCGCUGACCAGGCUCUGGACAGGUUUGCCAUGAAGCGGUUCUAUGAAGACAAAGUGCUUCCUGUGGGCCAGCCAUCUCAGAAACGGUAUGUGGAGUACUUCAGUGGUUUGCUUUCCGGACAUAUCAAGAUCAACAACAAACCCCUGUUCCUACAUCACGUCAUCAUGCACGGCAUCCCAAACUUCGAGUCCAAGGGAGGUUGUCGUCCUUUUCUCAAAAUCUACCAGGCCAUGCAGCCCGUUUACACAUCUGGGAUCUAUAAUGUUCAAGGUGACAGCCAGACGAGCAUUUGUAUCACCAUAGAGCCCGGUCUUCUUCUGAAAGGGGAUAUCCUGCUUAAAUGCUACCACAAACGCUAUCGCAGCUCGUGCAGAGACGUGAUCUUCCGCGUGCAGUUCCACACGUGUGCUGUUCACGACCUGGGACUCGUCUUUGGGAAAGACGAGCUUGAUGAGACGUUCAAAGAUGACAGAUUUCCAGAAUACGGAAAAGUCGAGUUUAUUUUCUCUUUUGGACCUGAAAAAAUACAUGGCCAAGGUAUGGAUCACCUGGAGAACGGGCCGAGCGUCUCGGUUGACUACAACACACAGGAUGCCCUGAUCCGCUGGGAUUCCUACGAAAACUUCAAUCAAGCCUGCGAGGACAACACAGACGAAGUCAUCCAUACCGAAGGACCCCUGGACGGAAGCCUCUACGCCAAAGUUCGCAAAAAAGAGUCUGUUGACGGAGCAGUCACAUCAAAUGGCCUUCCUUCCACUGCUGUUGAACACACUCUACCUGCGGGUGACCAUGCCUUGUCUGUGAGUAGUGACUCAGGAAACUCUACUGCCUCCAUCAAAACUGACCGGACGGAUGAAGUGGCUCCUCAGGCCUCCACAGUGAGUCAGACACACAUUCCUGUUGGUGAGGAGUUACCCUCAGUCCAUCCCCACGCCCCACCUGCUCAACAGCAAAUAAGUCCCCAAGAGAAAAAAGAGCUAGAGCAACUACUGAGCGGCUUGGAGGGGCCUAUGCGCAGACAGGCCUACCUGUCUGCCUCAACAUCUGCUGCUGGAGGGAUGCUCCACCUGGUGCCCGCCCAGGUCCAUGUUAAUGGGAACAGUACUGUUGACCGUGAAACCGAUAUUUUAGAUGAUGAGCUACCGACCAGUCAAGAGGGCAACAGUGUGGACAGUCUUGGAACAUUCUCCUCUACGGACGGUCGGGCUACUCCAGCUGACCUCUAUUACCAAUCUGAGUCUCUUCCCAAUGGCCAGGAACAUGUGCCAUACCUGGAGCGGAGCAUCCCAGAAAAGCCUCUGGAAACCAUCCAACCGCAGAUUACCAGACCUGACAAGUCUAUAACUAUGACACAAAGUGAUUCAACCCCACCCUCUGGUAAUUACAUGGCUAUCCAAAAUGGUAAUCUCUAUCGCUCUCAGUCGUUUGGUGCAGAGGCGACGUCUAUGCCACAAGCUCCUGCUCGCUCUACUAGUAGCAGAGAUGCCGUUCAGCGUGGUCUCAAUGUCUGGCAGCGCUAUGGAGUACCUGAAGAGCCAGUAACUGAAGGCCUAACAUUUAGUCCACUUCCAUCCGUAGCGAUGUCCAGCCACCACAGCCUGCCACAGUUCCCUCAUCGCCACAGUGCCUCCCAGCAAGAGAUUGAGCAAUCUAUUGAAACCCUUAAUUUCCUCAUGAUGGACCUGGAACCAGCCCCUUCCACCGUUUUGAAAUCCCAGAAUGCCCCCAUUAGGGAAAACAAUUCUGUGGUCACCACCCAGCCAUCCUUCUCCCAGAGCCAAACCAGGCCCUCCAACCAGGUGGAUGCUGCCAUUCAUACCCACGUCUCUGGCCCCCUGUCCAGUCAUUCGUCACCUGGGAAGCCCAGCACACCAGAGCCUGCACCUGGUCAUGGAGCUCUGAUUUACUCUUCUCAAACAGGGGGAGUAGGUUUCUCCUCACAAGUCCCUGCCUCUCUAAGUGGCCAUCUUCAGCUCAAACCCACCAGCACAUUCCCACCAAGUACACAGCCCCGAUCAUCAGACGCCUCCGAAUCCCAAAGAAGCCAGAGUGUUGCCUCAACAUCACCUCAGCCUAGAGACGGGGAACCUGACGAGGUCUUCAAUGUUGAAGGUCUGGUGGCACAAAGAGUGGCUGAGUACUCUGCUCGUGUCCAAAGCACCAACCCCAGCAUGACAUCAUCUAAGUCUGAGCACCGUCGUUCUCUCUCCCUCUCGGGUGUCCAGGCCCGUGCAGCAUCCCUGGAUGAGCCCGCAACUCUUCCACGCCGUCGCAUCACCAGCGAUGGCCAUUCCGAUGAUGGCUCAGAUGUCCCAGUUCGUUCGCAGAUCCGGUGCGUUUCUCCAGAAUUUGUCAACGCCAUAGCCAUGAACCCUGGAGGACGGCCCAAGGAGAGCCAUAUGCACAGCUACCGGGAGGCCUUUGAAGAAAUGGAAAGAGGACCCGCUGGUCCUACACCCACAUUUGGUGGUGAGGCGUUUCCCCAAACCCCUGCCUUCCCCAUCUCACCGCAAACCCCUUACUUCAACCUGUGUCGCUCUCCUCCCGGUCUUGCCAAGACUCCAUUAUCGGCUCUGGGUUUGAAGCCGCACAACCCAGCAGAAAUCCUUCUCAAUCAAACUGGCUCAGCACCGAGGAGCUAUGUCGAGUCUGUGGCGAGGUCGGCAGUGGCAGGAGGAGAGACAUCCACGUUACCCCGGAGCCUUAGUCCUCCGGCAGACACAAAGAACCAGCAGAGAACACAAAGUCCCCCAACCAACACACUGAACCCUCCUUUGUCCAGCAGCAGUCCUAUCCAGAACUCACAGAGCGAUCACCUCUCAGCAGAGGGCAGCGUUAGCACCCAACCGACUACUGACUCUGGGUUUCGCUCCCAGGCCCCAGACAGUGCAUACCCCACUCCCACCCCAUCAUAUCAACCCGCAAAUACCCCCACAUCUUCCUAUUUGGAUUCCAGCUCUCCAGGUUCCUCCUACUUUGGCAAUAUGACUCCAACACUCUCCUAUCUUGGUCCUAACAGCGUCUUGGGGAGCUAUGCUGCCUCAGAUCCCGGCCUACUUCUUUCAGAACCUUCCAAAACCUCACUAAGCCAUGGGAGUCACCAAGUGGAGCGCCAGCCCAACAUCCUUAACUCCACCAAUAAUCCCAUCCUCCAGCAUCACCCAAUUCCUAAACAAGAUGGUUUCAUCCAACCAGUUCAAAAAUUACCAACCAAUGGAUUUGAAGUGGGUAUGCCAGGUCUCAGUGGCAGUCCUCCCCUUGAUCACCAUCUGUCUCAAGGAGCUCACAGCAGCCCAGUUCUCAGCAGACAGGCCUCUUUGGGACUAGGAUCACAACACAGCCCGGUCCUCAGCAGGCAGCCAUCCUUGGGUCAGCCCAUUCAAGGCAGCCCUGUGCUCAGCCGGCAGCAGUCUAUCACACUCCCUCAAGGAAGUCCGGUGUUGGGCCGUCACCCAUCUGUUUCGCAAAUGUCCCAGAGAAGCCCCAGCCUGGAUCGUCACCCCAUGCGCAGUGGUUACACCACACCAGAUGAAAGACAUGGGAAUUUGUCAAGACAGAGCAGCUCCUCAGGCUACCAGGGGCCACCAACUCCGUCCUUCCCCAUCUCACCUGCAGGCUACCAGGAUGGGGGAACGAUGGUGAUGGGUGUAGGUUUUAGGCAGGGUAGCCCAGCACCUGGUUCCCAGCCCCAACUCCCAGAGAAGAGACGCAUGUCAAGUGGCGAUAGACCAAACGGAGCACUGUCUUAUGGCACACUGAAUGGGAAGAUAAUAUCCCCAAUGACUGGAGGAGGCACUACCGGCUACUUCCACACGCUCUCUGACUUCUCGAGGUUCAAUAUGCCCGAUGGAAGCCCGGACAGCAAACUGAAUGUUAAAUUUGUCCAAGACACGUCCAAGUUCUGGUACAAGCCAGAAAUAUCAAGGGAGCAAGCUAUCAGCCUACUGAAGGAGAAAGAGCCUGGGGCCUUUGUUAUCCGCGACAGUCACUCGUUCAGAGGAGCUUAUGGCUUGGCUAUGAAGGUGGCGUCUCCUCCGCCGUCCGUGCAUCAGAACAAAAAAGGUGACAUCACCAACGAGCUGGUGAGGCACUUCCUGAUUGAGAGCAGUCCUAAAGGAGUGAAGCUGAAAGGUUGUCCCAACGAGCCUUACUUUGGUUGUUUGUCUGCCUUGGUCUACCAACAUGCCAUCACUCCUUUGGCCCUACCCUGCAAACUUCUCAUCCCUACUGCAGAUCUCAUCGAAGAAGCGCGAGAGGUCCCCACAACCAAUCCACUGGCUGAGAGGUUGAAACAAGGAGCAGUGCAGAGGGCCCCUGCUGAUUCUCAUGCAUGCAAUGUUCUCUACAUCAACUCAGUGGAGAUGGAGUCCCUGACAGGCCCUCAGGCCGUUGCCAAAGCCAUAACUGAGACACUGGCUCCUGCUUCUCCACCUACUGCCACCGUUGUGCACUUCAAGGUGUCCUCGCAGGGCAUCACACUGACUGACAACCAGAGGAAGGUUUUCUUCCGACGCCACUACCCCACCAACAGCGUCACAUUCUGUGACAUCGACCCUCAGGAAAGAAAAUGGAGCAAACCUGAGGGAGGCAUGGCCAAGCUCUUCGGGUUUGUGGCACGUAAGCAGGGAAGCACAACAGACAACGUCAGCCACCUCUUCGCUGAGCUGGACCCAGACCAGCCCGCCAGUGCCAUCGUCAACUUCGUCUCCAAGAUGAUCGCUUCGCAGAAACGAUGAGAGACGUCGGCAAAAGCCCUGGCAGCUUUUUUAAAAGGCCUUUGGUUAUUAUCUUUCCUGUUAACCACGGACACUUCCCGUAUUGGACACUUGUAGUGUUUGAUUCUACGCGUCACGUUAUCUUUCUGCUCCGUCACAUUUAAGCAGAUGUGUAUGUGUGUGUGUGUGAGUGUGUUUUUGUAAGCAUGUGAAAGAGAACAUGAGUGUGCAGUGUGUUUGUGCAAGUCCAGCUUGCAUGCAUGUGCUUUUUUUUCUUUCUUUUUUCUCAGACUGGUUUCAGAAUGGACCAGAGGAAGUGCAGGAUGGGGUGUGGCUGCGUGUGACAAUAGGACGGGGGGGUGUGCGAGGCAGAGGUGAUUUUUAAUCUCCCUGAAAGGGUGACUCAAGAACAGGAAGAGGGAAUGACAUUGUGUGUGCAAAUGUUAAUUUUUAGCAGUUGUUUCAUUUAAAAAAAAUGUUUUUAAAGAAGAAGUAAAGUAGUGUGAUGUAACGGUGGAUUGUAUAUCUAUCAGGCUUUUGACCGGUCAACCAAAGAUUUUAAAAAAGUAGUCAGGGCGUGUAUAGUGUGCCACUGUGGAGGGUCAGAAGUAUUCUUUUAUAAACAAAUAUGGCUGCUUAAUCAAAAAAAUACUGUUAGAAAACUGUUUAUUUCUGUGUGUACUGAUACCGUAGGCUGACUCGCCGCCAUCAGCCUCCUGUAAAAAUAGUCUUGUUGGACAUUUUUGCAGCUGGUGAGGUUUGUAAAUAUUCAAGAUUGCUUUUUGAGUAGGACUGUUAUUGAUGACAUCUGGUGCCUGACUUUCUUUCCAAAAUGCAGAGCUUUUUAAGAAAAAAAAAAAGAAAAGAAUAAAAAACAAACGUAUCCAAGCUGUCUUAAAUAUGCAAACGGCCAAUCUUGGAAAUGAGCUCGAAAAUUCCACAGGUCCUUUCCUGUUCGUGAGAAUGAGAUAGAGGCUGACGAUGUAACUUGUGUUGUUUCUUUGAGGUGAAGCUAGUCUAAAGAGAUCACCGACAGCUUAACAUUUCAGCUGUGUCGCUGUGGCCGCCAGUGAGUCACUGCAUCGGCGCAGUCAGAGGGGCGGGUUUAACCUAACGUCUGCCAGCAUCCUCGGCACGGCCGGCACAGCAGCACAUAGCCGCAUCAUUUCACUCAAAAUUGAUGGGCCAAAGGUAGUUUUGUGAGGAUGACGUUUGAAGAUGGUUCAAACCAACUGUUUGUCAGCUAGCCAAAAACUGUACCACCCACCCUACCCAAAAGUAAGCUAUACACACACACUUACAUAUACAAAUAUAUAUAUAUAUAUAUAUAUAUAUAUAUAUAUAUAUAUAUAUAUAUAUAUAUAUAUAUAUAUAUAUAUAUAUAUAUAUAUAUAUAUGUAUAUAUAUGUAUAUAUAUAUAUAUAUAUAUAUAUAUAAAAACUUCCAAACAGUGAUUUAAGAUAUUUAUUUUUUAUUUUUUUGCUUUGUUGCUCCAUGUUUUCUUGUAUACAUGUAUUAUAAAGUAUACAUCAAAAUUCCUGAAGGCAAGAGGAAAAGAUUGCUUUUAUUUUGGCUUAAGUCAAAAGCGUUGACAUGUACCGUAUAAGGUGUAAAGUGUGUGUGUUUAAGUGUAUCACUGUUGUUUUAUUUGAAUGUUUUAUUUUUCCACUUUCUUUUAUCAUUCUUGUAUUCUUCGGGAACCUUUUUAUUUUAUUAAGAGGGGAUAUAUUUUGUAUGAAAGACUGCAACUUAAGUACAAAUUGGAGCUAUUCUAAAGUGAUGCCAAACACGGUUUUAUUAACUUAAUCCCGCCGGGAAAUUACAUUGUCCAUGCUUAGCACUUAAAUGUUGAAGUAUUAUCAGUGGUUUUUUUUGUUUGUUUGUUUUUUUUUUCUUUUUUUAAGAAGUGAAGCCUUUUUUAAUUGUUAAAAGAAGAAAAAUAGGAUAGUGAUAGACCCAUUUCAUGUUUUAUGAGGAAGCAGCCUCUCUAGUUCGGAUUGGACCCAGUUGUCGGUCUAAAAAGACGCUGGUGCCCUCUUGUGGUGGAGAAAGAAAACUACAAGGAACCACUUUAAUUCUAAUACAGUGUUUUAACUGUGUUGAGUUAAAAUAAUUUGGAAUAUAAAAAAGUAACUUAAAGGAACCUUAAUGUACUUUGUCGACAAACAAAUGUUGCUUUUUGACUCUGAGUCCCAUUCAAAGAAUGGGGGUUGACAAUGACAUUUGGUAACGAGGAUCUGGUUGGCAGCAUGACGCAAAGUAAAUAACAGUUACUUUUGGGGCCUACAAUGACUGAAAAAAAUAAAUAAAAUAAAAUACAGCACUUAUAGGCUUUUAUAUCUUACUAGAAUGUUCAGUUAUUUAUUAACAGGGGCCUGCAUGCUCAAGUGAAAGUGUAAUCGUAGCGCUGCUGACUUAUUGUACACAGCAUCUUCAAGUCCUGCUCAAGUGGGACUUUUACAGAAAGACGCCAAUAGGUAGUUAUCAGGUUCCUGACUCGGCUCAUGACAAAAAUAAAAUGUAAAGAAUGUUUGUCGAAGUAAAAGGACUUCCUAAACUUCUGUCUGAAUGUUAGUCCUCUGUUCUCCAGGAUGGAAACUCCAGUUCCAUCUGCUCACUUUGACCGAUCAGUCUGGACUGUAGAAUGUGUAAGAGUGAGCUACUAUGCCUGUACAGAGCUACAUCAUAUUGUUUUGUUUUUUUCUGUUUGCUACAUUGUAUGGCUUUUACUCUUUCUGGUGGAAAAAAAACACAUUAAAAAGCAGUACAAAUCAAAA